GAGAGGCAGAAACAGAGAAGAGAAAAAGAAGAAAAGGAGAGAGAAUAUGAGGAAAAGAGACAGGAGACAAAGAGACAUUAUGAACGACUGGAGAGAGAGAGAAAAGAGGAGUGGGAGAGAGAAAAACAAGAAGAUGAAGAGAGACGAGAUAAAGAGAGAAAGAGAUGGAAGAAAAUGAUUGAAGAUCUGAAACGAGAGCAAGAAGAGGAGAUCAGGAGAAGAGAAGCAGAGGAGCAGAAGGAGAGAAAACACAUGGAAGAGAAAGAGAGAGAAAAAGUGGACAAAGCAUCUGAAGUGGAAAUGAAAGAGAUGAAGAAGAAAUAUGAAGACAAAGCCAGAAAACAAGCAGAAGAGAUUGAGUUGACAGAAAAAAAACUGAAGCAAAUUCUGGAGUAUGAACUCAAGCUUAAAGAACAGGAGAAAGAACAGGAAUCACUGAAACAAGAAUAUAAACACCUCCAACAAGAGAAAGAGGACGACAUAAAAAAACUACAACAAGAAGUUGAAAAACUGAAAAGCGAAAAAUAUAGUUGUGUGAUUUCCUAAGCAUGAAUAUGAAUAUUAGCAAUAUUAUUCAUUGUUUCUCCAGUCAUAUUGAUGUGAUAGAAACACAAUAAGUCACUUUUUUAAAAAAAUUCCUGAUGUUAAAAUAGGACCCAAAUCCCUCCCGUUCUGUGGUCCACCGCAACAUGACGUAGGAGUGCAGUUUCCUCACCCACAGAAUUUAUUGACAGUCGGGUACUAACAUGCCUCCAUAGUAAUGCACAUAAUCAUAUCAGCAAGACAGGAGCUGCACAAAGCAACUGGGAUUAAAAGAUCUGUUCAGUGCUCUGUGAUCAUCUGGAGCUCGAGAAUGAGUUUUACCAGUUUAACACGUUUAUAAAUUACUGCAUGUUUGGAAUAAAGACAGAAAAUCGCUGUAAAUCAUCACCAGUACAACUAUUAAAGAAGCCGCGUCAAUCCCGGUGUGUGGACUGUAAGACUUGAGAUACCACAGAUACUUUGAUGUCUUUCACAAUACAAGCAUGGGCAGGAAACACAGAGACAAUUGUGUCUACACCCGACCAGGUGGGAAUGUAGGAAAGUUCACUCAUCUCCAUCAUUUACAUUUGGAGUAUCUCCCGCACUCCCUUCUGUUCACUCACCCUCUCUUAAUUCAUCUCACACAGAAUGGUCAUCUUGAAGUCUUAAUGUUCUAAAUCAAUCCAAGUGACUUUAUCAUAUUUGAUAUCAUUUGAAAUGUCUCUGGUACAAAAAUGCGACAGGUACAAUGGUCUCAUUCCCUCAGAAAUAGACAUAAUCAAAACAAUAGAUGUAUAACUUCAGGUAUCUUUUGAACUACUGUCCCCUUUACCUAGGGCAGGGGUGUCCACACUCGGUCCUGGAGGGCCAGUGUCCUGGAGAG